UAAUUUGCGUAUACCGCGCACAGUGGCACUGCGUUUAGUCGUUCCCAGUACUAAAUAAAACGCGCUGAUGAUAGCAAUAAGAGAUAGGAACUGGUAAAUUCUGUCAGUUUGGGAAGUAGAAAACGAAACAUAUCGACAAAAAUACGCUUUAUUUUGAAAAACAUGGAGAUGAACAACUUUUUAUCAUCUAUAUUCUGUUCAGAAAGCUGUGAAUCAACUGCCACUCAAAGGAGUCUUUUGGAGUUUGGCAAUCUACAAGAACAUCUCGAGAAGAUCUUAGCCGAACACAAAAACGAAAGCAAAAUAAUUUAUAGUGAGCAAGAAAGGGCCAAUUUGGAUGGAAGAAUUGGGCCAGAUGUUGUUAAAAUUGAUGUGCAUGGCCGCUGUGGGAAUAUGGAAGUGUCAGAAAACUUAGAGCUUGACAGUGAAAGUAAUUUUAGCAGCCUCAGAGCAAACGUCUGUAUAUGUCGAGGAAAGUGGAUGUUCGAAGUAUUACUUGGAACAAGGGGAAUUAUGCAGCUUGGGUGGGCUACAGUGAAUUGUCAAUUCACCAAUGAGGAAGGUGUUGGAGACACUUCAGACUCGUAUGCAUAUGAUGGUCAUCGUGUAAGGAAAUGGAACUUGAGUGCGUCUGCUUAUGGAGAAGAAUGGAUGGCUGGGGAUGUCAUAGGAUGUGCAUUUGAUGUUGACAAUGGGGUAAUUUCAUAUUACAGGAAUGGUGUUAGUAUGGGUGUGGCAUAUUCAGAUGUACCUCGAGGUGCUGGUAUUGCAUAUUUUCCUGCUGUCAGUCUCUCAUAUUGUGAAUGUUGUCAACUUAAUUUUGGUGCAACACCUUUCAUUUUUCCUGUCGAUGGUUUUAAACCGUUGCAGGAUCCUCCAAAAAUGGAGCUUGGACAAGCAAAAGAAUUAUUUGAAUUUCUAGAUCGUCUUUUACCUUCACCAGAGAGGAUCCCUCACCUUCCCCCAAGCCUGAGCGGAAGAUCUGGUACCUUGGCAUUACUUACGAGCUCUCAUGUGUUUGAAAAACUAGCACCUUUAUUGGUUGAAGCGUACAUUGUUGAAGGUUUGCUCAUACCAUUUUUACUCAACUCUUGUUCGAGCACAGUUGACCCAAGUGAAUUCCAUCCCGGUGUAAAGAGAAUGCUUGACCUAAUGUGGACUUGCAUGGAAGAUUUUGAACUUCAUCCUUGUCUCAAACACUUGUUUUAUGGUCUUCUUAAAGUUUACUGGCAUCGACCUGUUUUGGCUGACUUUAAAACUCAGAGAGAAUCGCUGUCAUUAAUGCUCAGCACUCUUCAUCAUGAACGGACUAGAGCAUUUUGGCUCAACAUGAAAAAUUUUCCUCUGAAAUUUUGUUAUUUUAUGCAUAUUCGACCACCUGAUGAUUCUGUGUUGCUUGAACUGUUUCCCCUGGCAAUUUAUGAAGAAAAGGAAGCGUCGAUUUUUGCUGAAGAUGCGAGCGUUGAGGAUAAAGAAACAUGCCUGAAAGAUUGUGAAAAACUUCAGAAGAAAGUUCAAGUUUUAGAAAAUAUUCACGUUGAAAUGUGCAAAGUUUUGUUACAAGAUGAACGACCAGAGAACUCAACGUCCACAAGAUCUUCCUUCUUGGAGAAAUUCAGAAAAUAUCUUCAAGAUAACAUGGUUGUCGCCCUUAGUUCUCAUCCGCCCAGUUCGUGUUCCGGACCCGUUCUCACGUGUUUCUUUCACCGCUAUAUGCAAGCGAUCAAAUGGCAUUGGAAUAAACGAUGUGAAGAGAGUGGAUCUGAUAUUACGUCUGAGAAUCUCUUUGUUCCCGUCAAUGCAUUUGUCGACAAGAGUAUUAACUAUUUUGAACUUUCAAGAAUCGGUGGUAUUACUUCACAUUUAAGGAAAUCACAUUCAGAUAGACUACGACAUGUAACUGAGAGAAAAAGCGAAACGAAUCUCGGCAGUAGUUUUGAUGAAGCUUCCUGCAAUUCGGGAUGUAGCUCAAAGUUGGACAUGUCAUUGAUCGAAGCCGUCGACACGCUCAUAAUGUUGUAUUUUUUUGGUGUCCAUCGACAGUUCAGUAAGGUUCGUAGUGUUCGCGAUAAUCUUCAUCAAAAUAUCAAAGCUCUACGAGAAACGGAAAACAAGAUCACGAAAUGUCCAAAGAAUAAAUCAGACGUUCUUGUGGAACUCGAAAGGUCUUGUAAAGUAUUUGCUAAAGAGACGAAAAACUGCACUCGUCAGAUGUUUUGGGUUAGAUCGUUGAUAUUUACUUCAGAGAAGCAAAAAGAUGUCCAUUGGAUGUUAAAAACAGCUCUUAAGACUUUACAAGCAGCACAAGAAGACAGCACCAUGCUUGAUUUUGUUCCCGAAUUUUACAUCGAAGCUGUUUGCAGUAGUUAUUCCGCGCUAAGAAAUCUCUUUUCUCCUACGGUGCCCUUUGGAGAUCUUCCAGAUGGCGAAGAUCUUCUCAAUGGAAUGGCGUCGUUCUUUGCCGAGAAUUUUUGUGAAUCCAAGAUUGUGAAUCCAGAUCUUCGUGAUACUCUCAUUCAAGGCUUAGUGACUUUCUCUUGUUAUCCCGAUUGUGUAAAGGCUUUAGAGCAACUCCCUCAAUCAACUCAAGAUAGUGUCGUGAGAACACUAAUGGCCGCCUACGAAAAAAGAACUUGGGUUCAGACAACUUGGAUUUUAAUAAGAUUCUGGAAGAGCUGUGGUUUGGUUUCAAUUAUUCUCUUCAAAGCUGGGAUCACAUAACAGGCAUCUCUGAUCACGGUUUACAGCGUGUGAACCUUCAGCCUCCAUGUCCUUCGGCUGUGUUUCAACGUGUUCUAGCGAAGUUAUGUAUCGAAGAUAAAGAUUUGUCCUGUGGAUUUUUAAACGGCGUCUUGAAUCAACUCAACUGGGCUUUCUCCGAAUUUAUCGGCAUGCUUCAACAGAUUCAGUCUUUAUCCAGCAUAGCCGUGGAGAAUCGUCAGUUGAAAACCUGUAUUGUCUGCUUUGAGUUGACUGUGGGUUUACUAAGGGUA